AUAGUUUGGAAUUGGAAUUUCAGAGAUGAAGUUUCUAAAUCGAUUUAAUAUUUUAUUAAUUUUUGUAUUUAUUAUGUUCAUAUAUUCUUUAUUUGAGUUUAAUAUUGACGCAGUUUUUCAUUAUAUCGGUUUUAAAGAAUUAAAAAAAAAUUUGGGGAGUUUAAUUCCAUUUUUAAGGAAGUCGUCAAGUUGGAAGAAAGUGUGCAAUAUGGAAACAAAACCGCAUCGUUCUAUAAUUUAUGUUAAAGUGCAAAAAACAGGUUCCACUACUCUUAGGAGCACUCUUCUUAUUUAUGGUAAACAGUACAACUUAAAUAUAUGCUUUGACUCAACAAACCUUUGGGGUUUGAACUGGCCUAAUGCAGUAGAAGAAUUAAAGUUGACAAAAGUAUACGAUGAGAAAUGCGACUUAAUAGCUGAUGAGUUAAUAUUUGAUCCUGUUAUUGUUGAUAAACUUAUGAGCAAAGACGCUUUUGUUAUGGCAUCUGUGCGUCAUCCAGUCGAACAUUUUCUUUCUUUAUACAAAUACUCAAGAAUACAAUCGGCUGUAGAACGAUUGAUAUUAAAAAACGUAGACCUAUGGGAAAGCAUUAGGAUAUUUUUUAAGCAUUAUCAACUAGUUCGAAAUAUUUACACAACCUACAGGGAAAACGAGGUACGAGAUAAAUAUCAAAUUGAUCUUAUUCAACCUAAUUUGCAAACUCGAAGUUUAGGAAUUAUUAACGGCACAAAAGCGGAAAUCAUUGAUCGACUUGAUGCUUUUCACUUUUUUGUUGUUGCAGAUAAAUAUGAUGAGUCUAUGGUUAUACUAAGAGAAAAGUUAUGUUGCACUAUACAAGAUGUAGUGUAUCGUAAGCAAAACGUAAGACGAGGCAAUGAAGAAGCAACAGUUCAGAUACCACCCGAUAUUGAAAAAACCAUUUUAGAAUUUAAUUAUGCUGAUUUGAUCUUUUACAACAUUGCAAAUAAUAGGUUACGUGAAGAAAUAGAAAAACAUACUUACUUUGAGCAAGCACUCGGUAUUUUUAAACACGAACUAGGUCUUUACGAAUCAAAAUGCACCAACAAUGACGUGCCUCAAACUGUUAAAGAUAGUAUUUGCCCACCCAAAGAAGUUGCACAAACAGGUGUUUUUGUAGAAAAUAUAAAAGCAGAACAGCAAAAAAUUUUGUUGAGCAAGUUGAGAGACAAAUUUAAAUCCACAUGAAAAAUAUCUUUUAAAAUAAGGCGUUUGUUUACCAAGAUGGAAAGUUUUCUAACUUACUUAAAAAAAAUACUUAUCAUUUUAUUAAGUUAUGAAUGAAAAGCUUUAGUUUCCAAAAUUUAAAAUUUGAGACAAAGUUAUCUUGUGUAGUUUGCUUAUUACUCGUGAAUUAUCUCUAUAUUUAGAAGAUAAAAGUUGAUACCAAGCUCACUGGAACUUAGGUUGAUCGAGUAUGCUUUAAAUAUUAAGAAAAAAGUUCGUUAAAAAAACUGAUAAACUUUAUAAAAAACUCUUAUGUUUUAUUAAAUAGAUGUCUUUUUAAUCGAGAAGUAAAGCAAAACUAUUUAAGAGUAUUUGAUAUGUAAAACCACCCAAUCUUUUUUAAUCGAGAAAUAAAGCAAAACUCUUCGAUAAUAUUUUAUAUGUAAAACCACCCAAUCUUUUAUGAUAAAAAUGUGUGAAAAAUUAAA